UAUGAGCUGUUUCGGGAAAAGCUAUGUUUGAAAUAUUGGAUGGAAAGAGUUGAUUUUGCACGCGCCAAUGCACAAUGUAUGGAAAAACAAAGCACCGUAUGCGCUUGUGUUUCUAUGUACUGAUGUGCGAAUGGUUGCUUUUGAAGAAUGCAUUGUGUUUUAAUGAGUGAGACAAAAACAUAUUUUGUGUUCAAAACCAUUUGUUGAUUUUGAUGUUAAUAGCUACAUUUAUUUUAAAGCGAAUUGUAGAACUAGAAUUGUAGCAAUUACUGGUUCAUUAGUUUUUGCUUUCAGCCAAAAAGAAAUAUCUAGACACAUGCAUCAGUCUUUUCUAUUUGUUCUAUUAUAAUAGUGAACUUCUGAAUGCUUAUAAAAGUUUAGAGAAAAAAAAACAGUUUGAAAAUAUAUUGCUAAAUUUUAUCUGUUUUGAGACAUAAUUCUUACUUCUACUUUAUAUGUAUUUAGAAAGAAAUGUUUCAAUUUAUAUCUAGUAGAUAAUUGUUAGAUUAUUAUUUUUUCUGGUUUAUAUGUUUAGCGAUAUUUAUGUGCAUAGUAUAUAUGGAGAUAAAAAAAUGCAAAGAAUCGAAAAAGAAACUGUAAUGUUAAGAACUAUUUGAAGUUCCUUAAGUGAUUUAAUAUUACUGUUAUUACUAGCUAAAGAUAAAUUUAAAAAAGUUCAAAAAAGUAUGCGAAAUUUUUUGAAAUAUUAAAUAUUAAAAAGUAAAUAAUGUUAUUCUAUUUUUGGAAUAUAUUCUAUCUAUCAGAAAACUCAAACUCGUUAUUGCUUUAAGUAAUAAACAGGGACGAUGAACAUAAAUGGAUUUUUCCUGUAAUCAAAGAAGCUUGUUAUUUUCUUGAUGAUAUCUAAUUUGCAAAUACCGAAUACUAUAUUUGAGGAAAAUAUAUUACGCAUUUAUUGUAAAGCAUUUUCUUUAUCAACUUUUAACAUGUUUCUUGCACUAAAUAGAAAAGGAACACGAGAUAUAGUCAAAGUGCUCUAAAGCAGCAAAAAUUGUUUUAAAGGCAUUUCCAUAGAAUAAAUAAGAUAUUUUAUUGCGUGGGUGGCUACACUAUGAUUGGUCACCAAUCUAUGGACGCACAUUCCAAAUCCACUUUGGACGGCGCAAAAGUGGAAGAAAACACCCACGUUCAUGUUGAGAAGAUUUCCAGUGGAUACAGGAACUGCCAAUGGUGGAACCGGAGGUCAAGCUUUGAAAGAGUUCUACUACUUCUAUGUUUCCUUUUAUUUCUCGCUUGCACAGCAUUGGUCAUAGUGAAUAUUAUAAAUGAAAGUAGAUUGCGAUUAGCCGAGCGCAUUGCAAGCAAGACCUGCUAUAGUACGGAAUGUAUAAAAGCAGCGUCCCGCAUGAUAGAGAAAAUGGAUCCAUCCGUAGAGCCAUGUGACAACUUCUAUCAAUUUGCUUGUGGAAAUUAUUUGACCCGAAACACAGUUCCGGAUGACCACUAUCUAAAGUCUACCAUACAGACCAUGCAGGACGACAUGUACAUCACUCUCAAAACGUCCCGCAUGAUAGAGAAGAUGGAUCCAUCCGUAGAACCAUGUGACAACUUCUAUCAGUUUGCUUGUGGAAAUUAUUUGACCCGAAACACAGUUCCGGAUGACCACUAUCUAAAGUCUACCAUACAGACCAUGCAGGACGACAUGUACAUCACUCUCAAAAAAAUCAUUGAAAUGCCUGCGUCUUUGAAUGAUUCUGAAGCUAUAUUAAAAGUAAAAAAAUUAUACGCGUCCUGUAUGAAUACCAGUAGCAUAGAGGAUGGAUCUGUCAAAGUCUUGAGGGAAUUACUCACAGAUUAUGGAAUUGGAGACUGGCCCAUAUUAAAUGACACUUGGGACCAAGCAGAUAUAUAUUUAGAAUGGAGGCUAGCCAUGCUGCAUGUCCAUCAGGUCCAGCCCUUCUUCCAUACAUUCGUUGCACCGGACGAUAAGAACUCGUCCGUUUACUUGUUGCAUGUUUAUUCAGGUUCACCUAUCCUUAAUACUCAAUACUAUCUAAAUCAAACAGAUCCAGACUACGUAAGAUACGUGUCAUCCUACAAAAACCUGAUUGCAGAGACAGUACGACUGCUAAAAGCCCAAGAGGGAAGAGUAAAAAAAGAUAUUGAUUCCAUGUUGGAGUUUGAGAUUGAAUUCGCUAACGUUUAUUCAGGUUCACCUAUCCUUAAUACUCAGUACUACCUAAAUCAAACAGAUCCAGACUACGUAAGAUACGUUUCAUCCUACAAAAACCUGAUUGCAGAGACAGUACGACUGCUAAAAGCCCAAGAGGGAAGAGUAAAAAAAGAUAUUGAUUCCAUGUUGGAGUUUGAGAUUGAAUUCGCUAACAUCUCUCACGAGGAUCCUUUUGAUUCCAAACAAUUUGAAGAAAACAAUCAAACAGAAGAAGACUUUGUUUUUAAUAAAGUCAACAUUUCAAUGCUUGAAGAUAUGAUUCCUGGGAUCAAAUGGAGGAUAUUGCUUGGUUACAUUCUGGACUACAGUGGACUUCCAGAAGAUAAAUUGAACGAUCUCAACAUAGUAGUAAACUGCGAAAAGUAUCUACGCAACCUUGUUGGUCUUCUAAAUCGGACACCCAUUCGGACGAUUGCCAAUUAUUUGACUUGGCGGUUUGUUGCCAAAUACUUACCAUACUUAGAUAUACAUUUUCGACGUUUGUAUUACGACUUUCGAAGAGAAGUUCCCAAUUUGUCUGAAGAAAGAACAUUUUUUGCCAGAUGGAAGGAGUGUGUUAGUUUAGUAAAUGAUGGUUUUGGAAUGGCUCUCGCUUCUCUAUAUGUGAAGCAGGAAUUCAAUGAAGAAAUUGAAAGCGAAAUUAAAUCAUUAAUUACAUCGCUGAAACAAGCAUUCAUGGGAGGAAUUAGACAUAUAACAUGGCUAGAUCCUGAAACCAGAGUAUCUUGCGAAGAAAAAGUGGAAAGCAUGACUACGAAGUUAGGCUUCCCAAGAUACAUUUUAGAUCCUGUUCAGCUUGAUACAGAUUAUGCUGGACUUGAAAUAUCUGAGGAACAUUUUUUAAAUAAUAUUUUGAAAAUGAAUCGAUAUGAAGUAAUCAAAGAACUGACUAAGAUGACACGCACUGUUGACAAAGAGAAAGACUGGUUCGUUCAACCACUGGUUGUGAAUGCGUUUUAUGAAGCAACUGGAAACGCUGUUAUUUUUCCUGUUGGAAUACUAAGGUCACCAAUCUUCACUCCAGACAGGCCUAAAUACUUAAACUUUGGAAUGUUAGGAGUUGUUAUCGGUCAUGAAAUCACUCAUGGAUUCGACAGUAGCGGUAGGAAGUUCGAUAAGAAUGGAAACCUUACUCAAUGGUGGUCGGAUGAGCAUAUUGAAAAAUUCAAAGAAAAAGCUUCCUGCUUUGUGGACCAGUAUUCACAGCUGCCUAUCGAUAUAGUUGGGCAAAAUGUAAAUGGUAAUCAAACUCUUGAUGACAAUAUCUGUGAUAAUUCAGGCUUAAAACAAGCCUAUAGGGCUUACAAAAACUAUGUAGAUGAGCAUGGUGAGGAGCCUAGUCUACCAGGGAUUCCAUAUUCAAACGUACAAGUUUUCUUUUUACAAUACUCACAGAUAUGGUGUGAAGUAUUGAGCAAAGAGGCAAAUGAACGAUACAUUAAAGAUAAUCAUAGCCCAGGAAAAUAUAGAUCUAACAUACCAUUGAUGAACUCUGCAGAGUUCUCGGAAAUAUUCAACUGUCCCAUCGGAUCUCCAAUGAAUCCCAUCAAGAAAUGCAAACUGUGGGGUUGAAAAAAAAUCAAACUGCACUACGAGAAAAGCAAUUUUACUUUAAGAAGAGGCGAAGAAAAUGAAAAACACGCGGUAACGUGAACAUUCACACACGAUGUACCUGAUCAACUGUGUAAUUACCACUACUUGCUGACUCAUUGCAAAUAUUAUCCACUCCUGUAAAUUUCAAACAUGGUCUGUAUAUGGGAAAAAUAUAAAUAAAUGUAAAUCUAUGCC